AUGAAGACAGAUAUUGAUAAUAAAAAACCUGAAAAAGGAAAGGAAGCUAAGUAUGUUAACAACAAUUAGACUGAGUAAGAAGAUCCCUAUUAAAAUAAAAAGAAUUGGUAACAGGGUUACAAUCUAAUCAAUCGAUUAUUUAUGAUGCAUCUUCUGAGAAUAUCAGUAAAUGUAAAAAAAGUUCUUUAAUCAGGUAGAAAUAUUGCUCUUUCCAAUUUAUAAACGCUAAGCGAUGACGAACUGUGUGAAACGAAUUCUUCUAUUUUCAUUCAAAACUUAGAAAAUGCUUAAAAGAAUGGUCCCCUCACACCAAUGAAAGUGUGGAAAUCUUUGAUUUCAGUUUUCAAAAAAAAGGGAUAUGUUGUUUUAUUCUUCUCUUUUAUUGAUACGUCUUUGAAAUUGUUCAACUCAGUAGCUUUGAAUUUUUGUAUUUAAAGUCUGAUUGACACCAAUUAGAAAAUGGCUUAUGUUUGGGCAGCUGUUAUGAUGGCUUCUAUGUUCUUUUCAAGUCUUUUUAGAUAAUACAGUUGGACUUUGGGUUUUAAUUUUAACACUCACCUAAGAGCAACUUUUAUUGAUACAAUCUACAGAAAGAUUAAUAGACUUAGCAAUUUUGCAGUAAGAUCAGCAAAUUUAGGAAAAGUUAUAAAUAUUGUCUCUAGUGAUAUGAACACAACUGAGUUAAAAUUCAUUUAUUUGUUUUAAAUGAUUAUUGGAAUUUACACUCUUUCGAUGGCAUGUAUAAUUUUAGCUUUUAGACUAGGGCCUUUAGGAAUGUUAAGCAUAGUUUUCUUAAUUUUAAUUCUUCCUAUUUAAUCAUUAAUUGGAAAGAUCGCCUCCAGGUUUACAUAAAAGAGGGUCUUGAAGAGCGAUGAAAGAAUAAAACUUAUUAAUGAAAUCAUAGAAGGUAUUAGAAUAAUUAAAAUAUACGGAUGGGAAGAAGCCAUGAGAAGGAUCAUUGAAAGAAUUAGAUCAGAUGAAGUUUCUUUUAAUAUUAAAGCCUAUAUUUCUAUGUACACAGAAAAAGCCGUAUCAUCAUCCAGUGUUCUGAUUUCUUCAUGUCUAACUUUUAUUAUCAUUUAUUACGAAGGAAGUUAUGAAUUGAACUACGCUAAGAUUUUCUCUUCUAUUGAAAUGCUUACAUAUAUUAAAGCAAAUAUAAUAUCUUUUUGUGGACAAGGAUUUGCAUACAUCUUUGAAUUACAAAUCUUCUUGAGAAGAUUUAUUGACAUCUAUAACAUUAAGGACAUUUCUUCUCAUAAAAUUGAUUAUACUUCCACAAAUUAUAAUUUAAUAUAACCAAAUGAAGUUGCUAAAUUUGAUUAAUUUUAUUCUUUUUGGAAGGAACCUUCUAUCAAAAACAAUCCACCAACAAAUAAUUAGCUUCAAACUAAUUUAAAGACAGAGGAGUAGCCAGCUUUAUAAGAAUCUGAUGCAUUAUAAAUGGAAAGUCUCAAUCCUACAUUAAGGAAUAUAUCGUUAGCUAUUAAAAGUAAAGAAUUGCUUGCAGUAGUUGGUAAAGUUGGUUGUGGAAAAACAACUUUCUUACAAGUAUUUUUAAAUGAAAUUCCUUACUUUAAAGGUUAUUAUUAAAUCCAACCUCUAAAUGAUUAAGGAAAACCAUUAAAAAUGGCUUAUGUGGAGUAAGAACCUUAUAUCUUUUCGAAUACUGUGAGAGAAAAUAUCUUAUUCGGAUCUCCUUUUGAUUAAGAAUGGUAUAAUUAGGUUGUUAAACAUUGCUGUUUGCUUCCAGAUUUCGAAUAGAUGGAUUAAGGCGAUUUAACUGUGAUUGGGGAAAGAGGUGUUAAUUUAAGUGGUGGCCAAAAGGCUAGAAUAUGCUUAGCUAGAGCUGUUUAUAGCAAAGCUGAUCUGUAUUUAUUGGAUGAUCCUUUAAGCGCUGUAGACUCUAAAGUAGCCAAAGAUUUAUUCUUUUCAUGCAUCAGAGGAAUUUUAAAAGAAAAAACUGUCAUAUUAGUAACUCACUAAAUUCAUUUCACAAGAAAUUGCGAUAGAAUAGCCAUUCUAGAUGAAAGUGGUUCCCUUAAAAAUAUAGGUUCUUUUGAAGAGCUUCAAGAUGAUCUCAAGAUUUUGACUGCUGGCUAGUUAAAGUUUGAAAAUAUGGGAGACUCGAGAAAAUUAUCAUAAAAAAGUAUUGAUCAAUAAAGCUAAAAAUCAUAAAAAAAGGUAAAAGAAGAAGAAGAAAAAAAAGAAGAUUCAAGCGAUGAUGGUGAAGGUUAAAUAGAUUAAAAAAAAGAGGAAAAACCUAAGUAAGCAAACCAAAUAAAACCUGAGAAUGUUGAAAUUACUUUUUCUACAUACACAAGAUACUUAAAGCUGAUUAAUUAAGUAAUAUGUUUUUUUCCUUUGUGGCUAAUCAUUUUGUUUGCGAGUGCAGAAUGUGCAUUCACUACAUACAAUAGAGCAUUGGGGUAUUUUGACUCGGUGUCUGAUGAUAAUAAACAUAAAUUAUUUGGUUUUUGGGUAGGUUUUGCAUUUUUAUAUAUGACACUGAAUGGAAUUAAAUAUAUUACACUUUCUGUAGGAAUUCAAAAAGGAAACAAGUAAUUACAUAGCAAGAUGCUAGAGUCUCUUGUUAGAGCUCCUGUCUUAUUUUUCGACCGAACCUCUAGUGGUAAUUUAAUGAACAAAUUCUCAAACGAUAUCAGUUUACUAGAUAAUUUACUUCCUUUUUGUUCUUGUGAUUCGUUGGAUAUUUUUAGUAAUUUCUUAAAUUUAAUGAUUACUUGUAUAGUCUUCACUCCAUAUGUAGUUUUUCCUGCUAUUGCACAAAUCAUUUUAUUGUCAAUCUUCUUUAUGUACUCUAAAGAAAUCAUUAUCAAAAUUAGACAAAUGGAUUUAAUGCAAAAAACCCCUGUCUUUUCUCAUUUUAAUUCAACUUUAUAAGGCGUCAUACCUAUCAAAGUCUAUGGUUAAAACAACACUUUCUUAAAUAAAAUGAGUGCUUUGUGCAAUAAUAGUUAGAGAGCUAAUAUGUCCUUCUGGCUUUGUAGUAGAUUCUUUGGUGGAUACAUUCAAUCUAUAUCUAUCUUGUGCUCAACUGUUGGAGUUUUUAUUAUAAUUGCAAUUCCUGGCUAAUCUACUAGCUAGUAAGCUUAAGCUAUAACUUAUUUCAUGCUUAUGGUUGAUGCAAUCCAGUGGUGCUUAAGAUAAAUGAUUACAACAGAUUCGGUUAUGAAUUCAUUCGAAAGAGUCAACAUUCUCAUUAACUAAACUCCUGAAGCCUCACUUUAUAAUGAAAAUGAUAAUAAAUACACAAACUAGCUUAACUCAAAGCAAUAAAUAUUGUGGCCUUCCUAAGGUUAAAUUGAAUUUAAAAAUGUAGUUAUGAAAUACUCAAAAGAGCUUCAUCCUGUUUUGAAAGGAUUAAAUUUUAAAGCUAAUUCUGGUGAAAAAAUAGGCUGUAUAGGAAGAACAGGUGCUGGUAAAUCUUCUAUUUUAUAAGCUUUAUUUAGGCUAACAGAGUCUGAAGUAGGAUCUUCUAUUUUAAUAGAUGGAGUUGAUGUUUCUGAGCUAGGACUGCAUAAAUUGAGAUAAAAUAUUUCAAUUAUCCCUUAAAUUCCUUUUGUGUUUGGAGGUACUAUAAGAAGAAAUCUCGAUCCUUUGAACGAGUAUAAGGAUGAAUAGAUCUGGGAAGCUCUUAGAAAUGUAGAAUUGGAUAAAUACAUUUUAGAAAAAUGUAAAAAUGGUAUUGAAACUGAUAUGACUGUAGCCUCAAGUGUAUUCUCAGUUGGAUAGAAGUAGCUCAUUUGCUUAGCCCGUGCAUUAUUAAAGAGAAAUAAAAUUUUAGUCCUUGAUGAAGCAACAGCAAAUGUCGAUAUGGAGACAGAUAAUUUAAUUUAAAAAACCAUAAGAAGCAAAUUUUAAGAAUGCACAGUAUUAACAAUAGCCCAUAGAUUAAACACUAUAGCAGACUAUGAUAAGGUAAUAGUCAUGAGUGAUGGAGUUGUAGCAGAAUACGAUGCUCCUAUUAAUCUUUUGUGCAAUUCGCUAAACGAUGAAGCAAUUACCAAGAACACAAUAUUUGCCCAAAUGGUCAAAAAUACAGGAAAAAAUAAUUCAGCGAAUAUAUUUUAGCUAGCCAAGGAUAAGUACCUAAAUGCAAAUUAAGUAAAUGAGUGA